UUCGCCUGACUUAGCCCGGCUCGCCCGCCUCCCCUGCUUCCGCUUUCGCACCAUCCCCGACGGCCUCCCCGAAGACCAUCCGCGUCCCAUGCUCGACUUCCUCAACCUCAUGCAAUCUCUCAGCUCCUUCUCCCGACAGCCUUACAAAGAGAUCCUUACCCCGGCGUCCGGGAUCGAUCCCGAUGGCUGGCCGCGGGUCACUUGCGUCAUCGCCGAUGGCACACUAUCCCUUGCCUAUGAAGUACCUGCGGAGUUGGGACUCCCGGUCAUCUUCUUCCGCACUAGCAGCGCCUGUUCGUUCUGGGCUUAUCACUGCAUUCCCCUUCUUUUAAAGAACGGAGAGCUCCCUUUUCCAGAGGGCGCCGAUAUGGAUGAGUUGGUUCAAAAUGUCCUUGGCAUGGAGACGAUCCUACGUCGCCGGGACCUGCCAAGCUUCUGCGUUAAAGCACGAACCGCCGAUGACCCUGUGCUUCAACUCGUAACAAGAUCAGCUGCAGACGUUUCCAAAGCACAAGGACUCUUGUUCAAUACCACAGAAUCCUUAGAAGGUCCGACCCUCUCCCUCAUCACCUGCAACGUCCACAAAAACACCUAUGCGGUCGGGCCGCUCCAUGCUCUCCUCCCAUUCUUCACCCCCGAGAGCCACUCGGCCAAUCUCUGGGAGCAGGACCACGCAUCGAUGUGGCUCGACGCUCAGCCCCGCCGCUCUGUCGUCUACGUGAGCUUCGGCAGCGUUGCAGUUUUGUCCAAAGAACAACUCAGCGAGUUCUGGAACGGAUUGGUUAACUCCGGCUGUAGGUUUCUUUGGGUUGUGCGGAAUGAUUUGUUGGCCGAAGCUGCGGCUGCGGGGGAGGUGUUCGGGGAGUUGGAGAGAGGGAAAGUGGUGGGAUGGGCGCCGCAAGAGGACGUUUUGGGACAUCCGGCGGUGGGGUGCUUCUUGACGCACAGCGGAUGGAACUCGACGUUGGAGAGUUUGGCGGCGGGGGUGCCGAUGGUGUGCUGGCCUUUCUUUGCGGACCAGGUUAUAAAUAGCAGAUUUGUGGAGGAGGUGUGGGGGGUGGGGUUGGAUAUGAAGGAUGUGUGCAAGAGGGAUGUGGUGGAGAGAAUGGUGAGGGCGGCGAUGGAGGGGGAGAAGGCGGAGGAAAUGAGAGGUGCGGCGGCGAGGGUGGCGGAGGAGGUGAGAGGAACCGUGGGGGACGGUGGGUCGUCUCGACGGGAAUUUUUCCGGUUGGUGGACGAUAUAAGGGCCAUGAGCUUGCAUUUAGUUGGAUAAAAUUCCUGCUAUUAUAUUAUAUAUAAAAUUUCUUAUUGGAAUUUUAUCCAGUAAAGCGUACUCUACCGUUUGAAUAAAUCUUUGAUAAGUGAAGCUAUAAG